AUGUCCGGCUCGGAAGAUGGUAAAGUCUCCAAUGAGAAAGCCAGCCCAGACACAUCCGAGACCGAUCGACAGUCCAUCUCUAGCGAGCAGCAGACACCUGAAUUUUCAGACCACGAUGAAUUUCGCUCCUGCGAGAGCGGUAACAGCUCACAUAAAGAUACAUCAAGCGGGGAAGACUCAGGAUCACCACGACAUGUCUACUUCCAGUCAAAAAAGAACCUGGCUGGAGAGGUACCGCGUGAAGCACCACGGGAGAGCCCCCGGUCAGAGUUGGAAAGGGCAAACAGUGUUGCCAUGCCACAUCGUCCAUCUCUGCCGUACAUUCACGAUACUUCGGACAUUACGGACACUCGGGUCCAAGAUCAGGGUCAAAAGGCUGGAGAGGGCGACAAUGCGCCGCCAUCUUCAGAAGCAGAGUCUGGUGAAAAGGCAGGCUCAGACACAUCCACUUUAAGAAACACUAGACGCAAGAUUCGUUCCGUUGCAAGGAGUUUGAAAGGAAAAGCCACUGCGGUAGGUGAGCUCAUCGGCCGACCUGCCAGCGGCGAAGAAUAUCUGCAGACGGGGUUUUAUGACGAAGGUUUGAAGACCGAUCGCUCGGCGAGGGCCGAAAAGAAGCACGAGGAUGAUGAAGAAGGGCAAGAAGACGAGGGAAAGAGCAGCUCUGAGGCUCAUAAGAUAGUGCGUGAUCUGACACGGAGACAGUCGGGAAAGCGACGGAAGGUGCGGGCUAGGACGUAUCCUCAGGCUGGAAUGAUUCCUAUCACAGGAGGGGAUCAAUUUGCUGUGCAAUCAAGCUCCCAGUAUCGCUCUGCUGGCGAGGAGAUCCUUCACCAGUUGACGAAAUUGAACAGAGAGAAUGUGGCGAGUACAGGCACCGAGGCACCUCAGGCUCAAGGCAAAAAGAAUAAACAGGAUAAAUGGUACAAACGCCCGCCGAACACGACGACUUCGACUCUUGUUGGGAUUUCCAAUGGCCGCAGUGGAGCGAGCACGCCGGUCUCAAGCGAGGUCCUCUCUGCCGCAGCACAGCGUCGUGGACAACAGGCCGAAAGAAGAGCCAACACGGAAGAAGAGAUCAGAGUGACGGUGCGAAUCGCCGAGAUCAUUUGUCGCCAACAAUUCAUCAUUCAGCUAUGCCGGGCGCUGAUGCGAUUCGGAGCACCGACCCAUCGCUUGGAAGAGUAUAUGCAGAUGACUGCAAAAGUUCUCGAUGUCGAAAGCCAGUUUUUGUAUCUCCCGGGGUGCAUGAUCAUGUCCUUCGACGACCCUUCAACGCGAAGCACGGAGGUGAAACUCGUUCGCGUGGGCCAAGGUAUCGAUCUGGCUCGGCUCUCGGAUACACAUCUGAUCUACAAGAAUGUGAUCCAUGACGUGAUUGGGAUUGAAAAAGCCGUGCAAGAGCUCGAUGAUGUGAUGAGGAAGAAACCUCGCUAUCCCAAAUGGGUUAUUGUCCUGGUAUAUGGACUGGCCACAGCCACCUUUGGUCCGUUCGCCUUUUAUGCUCGUCCGAUUGACAUGCCUAUCAUCUUUCUCAACGGCCUGCUCGUGGGCCUCAUGCAGCAUCUCGCAGCCCCUCGAUCAGUACUAUACUCGAAUGUCUUUGAAGUGACCUCGACAGUGGUCACCUCAUUCUUGGCGCGAGCCUUUGGCAGUAUUCCCUUGAGGAUCGUCGAUGGAAAACGCCAGUAUAUAUUCUGCUUCUCGGCGAUUGCUCAAUCUUCCAUUGCUCUGAUCCUGCCGGGUUUCCUCGUGCUAUGUAGCAGUCUGGAGUUGCAAUCGCACCAGAUCAUCGCGGGAUCCAUUCGCAUGGUAUAUGCGAUCAUUUUCUCUCUUUUCUUAGGCUACGGCAUGACAGUGGGCACGACCAUCUAUGGGCUCAUGGACAGCGGCGCCGUAUCGGACAUUCAGUGCCCACCAGGGGGAGCUUUCGAAAAUCCGUACAUACAACGCUUCCCCUUUGUGGCUCUCGUGACCGUUUGGCUCCUGAUCAUCAACCAAGGCAAGUGGAAGCAGCUCCCUCCGAUGAUGUUCAUCGCAUUGUCGGGGUAUGUCAGCAACUAUUUCAGCACUCUGAAGCUCGGAAAAAAUUCUCAGGUUGCGAAUAGUGUAGGUGCGUUCGCCGUAGGGAUUCUGGGAAAUUUGUACAGUCGACUGUGGCACGGCCACGCCGCGACCGCCAUUCUUCCGGCGAUUUUCAUCCUUGUACCUUCUGGUCUGGCCGCGACAGGCUCCUUGAUCUCGGGGGUUCAAUCUGCCGAGGAGAUCAAGCAAAAUAUCACUUCGUCGCACGGCUCGUCCAAUCCCCCACCUGGCGCUGGGCUGGCAGCAGGCAACUCGGUAUUCAGUCUGGGACUGGGCAUGAUUCAAGUGGCGAUUGGCAUCACGAUUGGGUUGUUCCUGGCGGCACUCGUUGUCUACCCUUUCGGUAAGCGUCGGAGUGGAUUGUUCAGUUUCUAG